AUGCGUGCUCCUAGCUUCUGGCUUUGGGCCUCAGUCGCAGCUCCGUGUGCUGCGGUCAAUGCUCCAUGGAAUCUAGGAAAUGGCUUUGAACUGACGGUCAAUGAGAAUGCCAAUCGUCUUUCCAUUGCUCAACGUGGUCGAUCAAUCUGGGAGACUUUGCCAGGCCAUGCAUUCCUCAGUGCUAGCGCAGGAGAUGACGAGGUGAUCGCUGCCAACGGGAACUUCAAGAUCACCGAAGUAGACCAAAACAAGUGUACCGGUCAGAAAAUUAUCAACGUUGCUCUCCAGUCAUGGCACGGCAGUGAAAAUGACUAUGCUGCGGUAAUUCAGGGUGAGCUAACCGGCUGUGGUGAUGCCACUCCUCACUUUUCCCUCGCUUUCUGGGUCCCAUCGCAAUUCCCCGAUCGCAUUGCCUUUCACGUCAAUCUUGACCCUAGAACCUCGUUGGAUGGGGCAACUAAGCUGUUCCUGACAUACCGCUCUUCGCCAACGGAAGACUUCUAUGGAUUUGGUGCCCAGGGAUCGUUCGCCUCUUUCAAAAACCAGACUGUUCCCAUAUUCUCGCGAGAGCAAGGGGUCGGUCGUGGUGACCAGCCCACCACUCGUCUUGAAAACACAGACAGCUUCUUCGCCGGCGGAGAUCACUUCACAACCUACACUGCGGUUCCACAAUAUAUCAGCUCGAAGUCUCGGGUGUUCCACCUGACACAAGAGAGUUCAGCCUACACCACCUUCAAUUUCACUAAUCCUAGUGCUGUUACUGUGCGAUAUGAUGGCCUGAGCGUGGACGGCUACUUGAUGCAAGCCACGAACAUUCUAAACGGUAUUUCCAUGCUAACUGAUUACACCGGUAAAAUGGUUGCCUUGCCCGAGUGGGUUGAUACUGGCGCCGUACUGGGUAUUCAAGGUGGACAGACCAAGGUCAACCGGAUUGUCGACCAAGGACUUGCACUUGAAUGUCCCAUUGCUGCAGUAUGGCUCCAAGAUUGGUCUGGCACACAUUCGCAGAGCGUGUCCUACAUGUCGCUGAAUGUAUCUCGUCUUUGGUGGAACUGGGAAUCGGAUCAAACACUUUACCCGACAUGGAAGAAAUUUGUGCAAUCUCUGCGUGAUCAAUACAAUGUCCGUACGUUGGCAUACAUCAACCCAUUUUUGGCAAAUGUCAGCACAAAGCCUGAUGGCUACCGCACCAACCUGUACGAUGAGGCCAGCCGGGCUCGUUACCUGAUCCAAAACUCGACUACCAAUAACACAUCCGUCAUCUCGAGUGGUCCUGGCCUAAACGCUGGUAUUCUUGAUCUCACCAACCCUGUUGGACGAUCCUGGUUCAAGGAAGUCCUGCUCGACCAAGUGUGGAGUGCCAAUAUCUCCGGAUUCAUGACUGAUUUUGGCGAAUACACCCCUGUCUACCCCGACACCCAGUUUUACAACAUGAGCAUCGACCCCUUGGUAUACCACAAUGCCUAUCCUCGCGAAUGGGCUGCUCUCCAUCAGUGGAUUGGAAAGAAUGUGUCUUCGUUCUCCGACGCCAUCCUGUUCCACCGCUCAUCGUCUAUGGCCGCAAACCGGCAUAUGAACCUAUACUGGGCAGGCGACCAGAACACCAACUGGGGCGUCAAUGAUGGUAUCAAGGCUGCCGUGACCGUCAUAGGCCACAUGGGUCUGUCGGGCUAUUCUCACGGCCACGUGGAGAUUGGUGGAUACACAACUACUUGGGACAGCAACGGUGUUGUGAACCGCUCUUCUGAAUUACUCGGUCGCUGGGGAGAACUUGCGGCCGUCUCCAGUGUAGUCUUCCGUACCCACGAGGGCAAUGUCCCCCAGGUCAACGCACAAUUCUACAGCAACUCUACCACCUACUCUUGGUUUGGUUACAACGCCCGCAUGUUCGCCAGUCUUGCCAAGUAUCGUCGUCGGAUCUUGGAAACCGAAAGCAAGGACCUGGGCUGGCCCUUGCUCCGUAUGCCCGUCGUCUACCACCCCGAGGACGAGGUCGCCAAGGCAAUCAGCUACCAGAGUUUCUACCUCGGCUCUGAUUUGUACGUCGCACCGGUGCUGGACCCUGGUCGCACUAGCGUGAAGGUCUACUUGCCCGGAAAGAAUCAAACUUUCACCCACGUUUGGUCUGGCAAAAAGUACUAUGGUGGCCAGGUUGCACGUGUGUCCGCACCGUAUGGGAAGCCUGCGGUUUUCGUGGUCGGUACGCCGAAGAACAAUGAUUUGUAUGACUUCUUGCAAUUCGUCCGCCAGGAGAACAACACUGUCAUUCGCUUAUAG